GCUGGACGAGCCAUUAGUCCAACUGACAACUGGAUCCUUAUAACACAGAGGAGUUUCUUCACAUGGCGGCCUCAAAGAAGAAAAUGUCAGACCUGGAGAGAGGCAUGGUCAGCAUUAUCAAAGUUUUCCACCAAUACACAGCUCACAAGUGCAAGCUGAAGAAAGCUGAGCUGAAAGAGCUGAUCAACAAUGAGAUGAGUCAUUUCAUCAUGAAAAUCCAAGAGAAUGAAACUCUGGAUGAGCUCUUUGCAGACCUGGACCAGAAUGGAGACCUGGAGAUUGACUUCAAAGAGUUCAUCGCCCUCAUCGCCAUGGUUACCUCAGCAUGCCAUGAACUCUUCACCCCUUUGAACAGUGAUUAG